GGAUUAUUAUCAUUGCUAUUUUGCCGUGCUCUCGACGUCCGGACUGCUUCUUUCGAAUGCCUGUUUGUCUCGUCUCAUGGAGACCACGAACCGCAGUUCUAUAGGCUGAAGCGCCUUGCCUUUGCGUCCACGACGAGCCAUCUGCUCCACGCCCCGUCAGCCUCUGGCUCGUCUUCGGUGAGAGCAAGGUUGGGCAAAAUCGCCGGAUGCAAGGCUCCCAUUCUUGGGCGCUUCCGCCUCCGAAGCCAGUCGGCUUGGCCAAGCAGGAUUACAGCGUCCGGGUCGCCUGACCAACUGCAUUUUCAGUUCAACUUCUCUUUCGUCCUUGCCUCGCCUCGUCUCGCCUCGCUUUGCCGCGCACACCCACUCACACGUGCUCACGCCGACCCUACACGCCACUGCAUUUGCGCAGGUUACCCUUCACAUCGUGCUAGUCCGUUUGUAGGCCGGCCUUACGUGCGCAAAUUCCUAUCGAUCGGUGCAACUUCGUCUCAUGAGCUGCCUGAGGCCAAUCUGCGACGUUCGCCUCGGCUCCACUUUGCACGUCAGAAGGCGGCGUCAGAUCGAAGUUCAGUCUGGGUUUCUGCACCAAAUGGCACAUGCUUCCGCAUGCCGUCCGGACUCUUCAGCCGGUAG